AGGGGCGCAGAGGCUAAAUGGCGGCUUGCAAUUGAGCUGGCAGGGGAGGGCGGAGCAAGAACACCCGCACAGUGUCAAUAAGGAGUGUCGCCCCUGCCCAAGGCCCCCGAGACCCACGAACUACCGCCUCCGCCUCCCGCCUCCUUGUGUCUGCGAAGUGCUGAGUCACAGUGAUGUGGCUUCCCCACGCCUUUCCUGCACGCUGCUUCCUUGCACUCCGCCUGCUGUCUGCAUCCGCACCCCCUGCACAGGUUCCAGCCGAGGCUUCCUCUACAGGUCAGCAUCAGAGCAGCCUCUUUUGGGACUUUGACAUGGUAUCCUCCAAGAAGGUCACCCUCUCGGUGCUCAGCCAGGAACAGUCAGAAGGGGUUGGAGCAAGGGUCCGCAGAGGCAUUGGCAGACCUGAGUUAAAAAAUCUGGAUCCAUUUUUACUGUUUGAUGAAUUUAAAGGUGGUAGACCAGGCGGAUUUCCUGAUCACCCACAUCGAGGUUUUGAAACAGUAUCUUACCUCCUGGAAGGUGGCAGCAUGGCGCAUGAAGACUUCUGUGGACACGUUGGUCAGUUGAACCCAGGAGACCUGCAGUGGAUGACUGCAGGCCGCGGCAUUCUUCACGCUGAGAUGCCAUGCUCAGAGGAGCCAGCCCAUGGAUUACAACUGUGGGUUAAUUUGAGGAGCUCAGAGAAGAUGGUGGAGCCUCAGUACCAGGAACUGAAAAGUAAAGAAAUUCCUAAACCCAGUAAGGAUGGUGUGACAGUUGCUGUCAUCUCUGGAGAAGCCCUGGGAGUCAAGUCCAAGGUUUACACUCGCACACCAACCUUAUAUUUGGACUUCAAACUGGACCAAGGAGCAAAGCAUUCCCAGCCUGUUCCUAAAGGGUGGACAAGCUUCAUUUAUACCAUCGCUGGGAAUGUGUAUAUUGGGCCUGAUGAUGCACAACAAAAAAUAGAACUGCAUCACACAGCAGUGCUGGGGGAAGGUGACAGUGUCCAGGUGGAGAACAAGGAUCCUGAGAGAUGUCACUUUGUCCUGAUUGCUGGGGAGCCAUUAGGAGAACCAGUUGUCCAACAUGGCCCAUUCGUGAUGAACACUAAUGAAGAGAUUUCUCAGGCCAUUCUUGACUUCAGAAAUGCAAAAAAUGGGUUUGAAAGAGCCAAAACCUGGAAAUCAAAGAUUGGAAACUACUGAGCACAAGAGCAGGUCUUUCAGUAUUUUUGCCAUUUGUAGCAUCUAUUCAGUCAAUGCAUUCAAUUUCCAAAGCUGACUUAGCAGGUGCUUCUGAAGAAUUCCACACUAAAGUGAUAACAUGGUUUUUAUAUCGGUGCAUAUGACGUAUUUCCUGGCACAUGUAAAUAAAUCUAAUUGUUGCUCCUUUAAAAA